GCCAAACAGGCUGCGUUAGCUUCACUGUAAUGACGUUAGCCUGGAUGUUUUUUCCACCGUUAACGAGUUUGGAUACCAGGGACCGACAUCCAUGAACCUCUCCGGUCUCUGAAGCAAAGCCACUGUGACCUCCACACAGUCAUCUCAGUGUCAUCCCGGCAAUUCUGACGGAAGGCGGUGACCCUGGCAAAGUGACGCCCUGCUUCUCCUGCCCCCCGCCUACCUCAGCCCCCCCUCCCCCUGUCCUGACAGAGUCUCCGUGCUGCCGGCGGUGGAUUGGAGCACUCUGAUUGGAGGAUUUGCGAGGUGGUUUUUCGGUCUGGCGCCGCCUCCCCCCGGGGCCGGCGUGCGCUCCCAGCAGCCCGUGGUGCCCUGUGCCCCCCCCUCCCCGUCACUGCACAACAGAGCCCAUGCCCAAGGAGGAGGCGCGGUGCGUCCGCCAGGAGCCAUGUGCCUCCCUCACACCAACAACAUGGACAGCAAGCUACAUGGGACGGGGCCGGGGGGAGGGGCUUCACUUCGAUCACGAGCUGGAGGCGUUCCUCUGGAGCCCUUCAUUCAUCAGGUGGGGGGUCACACCAGUAUGAUGCGUUACGAUGACCACACAGUGUGUAAGCCUCUGAUCAGCAGAGAGCAGCGGUUCUACGAGUCUUUGCCUCCAGAAAUGAAAGAGUUUACUCCAGAGUAUAAAGGUGUGGUGCUGGUGUGUUUUGAGGGCGACUCAGAUGGCUACAUCAACCUGGUGGCUUACCCCUACGUGGAGAGCAACAUGGAGGGGGGCCCCACAGAGCAUGAGGAGCGGGACCCCCCAGAGAGAGAGCAGCCGAGAAGAAAACACUCCAGACGAAGCCUCCAUCGCUCCUCAUCCUCCUCUGAACACAAAGACGAUCGGAGCGACAAGAGGGAGGCGCACGACAACGAUGCUUCUGAUAGUCUUGCAGAGCUGAAGAGUCCGCGGCUUGACCCAAAGAUCCACUCAGACGUUCCCUUCCAGAUGCUGGACUGGAACAGCGGUUUGAGUUCAGAGAAGAUCAGCCACAACCCAUGGAGCCUUCGCUGCCACAAACAGCAGCUGAGCCGCAUGAGGUCUGAAUCCAAGGACCGCAAACUCUUCAAGUUCCUGCUGUUGGAGAACGUGGUCCAUCACUUCUCGUACCCCUGUAUCCUGGACCUGAAGAUGGGCACCAGGCAGCACGGAGAUGACGCCUCUGAGGAGAAGGCAGCCAGACAAAUGAAGAAAUGUGAACAGAGCACUUCAGCGACGCUGGGAGUCAGAGUGUGUGGCAUGCAGGUGUACCAGCCGAACACGGGUCACUACCUCUGCAGGAACAAGUACUACGGCCGCGGUCUGUCGAUCGAGGGUUUCCGCCAGGCGCUCUAUCAGUACAUGCACAACGGGAAGGGUCUGAGGCAGGACCUCUUUGAGCCAAUCCUGAAUAAGCUACGCAGCCUGAAGGCGGUGCUGGAGAGGCAGGCAUCCUACCGCUUCUACUCGUCUUCACUGCUCAUCAUCUAUGAGGGACAGGAACCUGAGGUCCCUUCAGUCCUCAGCUCAGGGCAGCACGUGGCCCUCACACAGAAGACUCCUGCAGCUCCUACAGAGCCUCACCGUGGCCCCGGGGCCCACCCACCCCCACCCACAGGAGCUCCCUGUGACACGGACAUGAGCCAGAACCCAGAGCCAGGACCUCUGUCCUCUCAGGGACCCGGACUUAUGGCUCCGCCCCCUCCCUCCCCUCAUCCUCCCCCACAGACCCCGCCCACCAAAUCAGACUGCCACUCCUUCCUUCCCCCUCUCUCCUCACCUCACCCCCAUCCAGACUCCUUUCCCCCUGCCCCUCCCCCUCAGCCCAAGCAACCCCCCCUGGUGGACGUUCGUAUGAUCGACUUCGCUCACUCCACCUUCAAAGGUUUCCGUGGAGACACGGCGGUGCACGAUGGUCCGGACCGAGGCUAUGUGUUUGGACUGGAGAGCCUGGUCCAGAUCCUGGAGAGCCUGCGGGAUGACAACCUGCAGUAGCUCCAACACACACAGAAUAAAACCCACACUCACAGUCACACAAACACACAGCUGGUGGUGAGUCGUUCUGUAGAGUCCUGGAGACCAGGUCCUUCUGCAGAGUCCUGGAGAACAUUUCGGUCUUCAGAAUCCUGGAGAACAGGUCGUUCUGCAGUCCUCGAGAGCAAGUUGUUCUGCAGAGUCCUGAAGAACAAUUGCUCUGUGGACUCUGGAGAAUGGGUCGCUCUGCAGAGUCCUGGAGAACAGGUCGCUCAGCAGAGUCCUUGAGAGCAGGUCGUUCUGCAUAGUCCUGGAGAGCAGGGUUGUUCUGUAGAGUCCUGGAGAGUGGGUUGUUCUUCAGAGUCCUGGGGAGCGGGUCGUUCUGCAGAGUCCUGGAGAAUGGGUCACUCUGCAGAGUCCUUGAGCACAGAUCAUUCUGUAGAGUCCUGGAGAACCAGGUCAGUUUCUAAGUCUGAGACAUGUUCCCCAGGUGAUACAGAGAACCCUUACAAACAAAAAAGACACAAACACAGCUGUACAUCUGUCCUGGUGAGGAUCUUCAUCGACUAAAUGUUUCCUGAGCCUUUAGCCAGCAGUCAUCCAACCUAAACACCAUAACAACCUUCAAACAUGCACUCCAGAAUUUGCUCCUCUUCCUGUUUUUCUUCUCCAAACACUCAGUUUUGAGCUUAAAUCCCAGAGUGAUGCAGCUGCAGAGUUUGACACAAGGGGAAAGAAGUUUCUCUGAGCUCACCUUUAAUCUGACUGUAACACAGGCCUUAACUUAGGCCACAAAUCCAGAGAGUUAACAAGCAUUUGACUCCACUCCUAUCAUCUUAAAUGCGAAGAAAGGUGGACUUCAAAAUAGGAAAAGUUUUGAUAAUGAUGGGCUUCAAAGUCUUUUUUGGCUUUGUUUUGACAUUGCAUAAGCAUUGUUUGAGAAAAUUGUUGGUAUAACAUCCACAGACCAAGAACCAUAUUGUCAGUUUAAUUGUAUUACACUAAAAUAUCUAGAUGUUAUUUUCUUGCACAAACAAAAUAAAUUCUAAGUCAAAUUGACGUGAGUCAAAUGUCACACAGGCACUCCUGUACUCCAGCAGAAUAUGUACCAACAAAAUUACCCAAAAGAUGUAGUCUGUGUUUUUAAAUCCGCCAAGGGGAAGACACACCUAAGGAGACGAAGUGGCACACUUUUGACUGAUUUAUUAUCUUUAUAAUAAGAUACAAACAGAGAUAGUCAGCCAGGCUGAUAAAAGGUCAGCCCCUAUUUGAAAGUGCAUCCCACACACCAGAUUUUACAGUACUAGUUUGCUGUAAAAACUAAUAUUAGAAAAAUACUUCUUUAAUAAAAUAAAACUAUUUAGACUUAACAUUGAAUUGAUUAUCUCGUGGUUACCAGGCAUAUUUCUCCUGGUGGUUCUUACUGGAAACAAUAUUUUUUUUCAGCAUAAGGUGGGAAAUCUAUUCAAAUCAACAUAAACAUUAUUUACAAUUUUGUUUACCCUUUAUCUCACUUUAAAAUAAAUUGAUGUAAAAUCCAGAAUCUAAGACUCCUCUAUAAAUUUAAGCUGCAGUCUGUUUUUAAAAUCUGCGAAAGGGAAAGAGGUUUAAACCGUUCUCAUCUAUUUCAUUUUUUGUAUUUUGUUUUUUUCCCUUAAAUCAGUGUCAAAAUAAACUACAUUUACAUGAAUGAUGUUGUUCUACCUUAAAUCUCACUUGAAAAAAGUUGUUAAUCUGUUAAAUUGAUAUUUAUUUCCCAGCCCCCCAAACAAACUGUUAAGCAGAUAUUUCGGAAGGAAAUCCAAUUGAAAGGAAACAGCACAGGGAUAAAGGAGUAGGUGUAAUCCAUAAAAAUGUUAAUUUGGUGUAUUUUAAUUCGAAAAAUGAAGCUAGAUUUAAAUAAUUAUUCAAAGCAGAGAAUUUAACAUGAGAAUCUUAAAGCUCAGAUUUACUGUGAGCAUAGAGAAAAACAAAGCAAAAAACUCUGCAUCAUUAAACAUCAAAUAUCAAUUUUACCUUUAAAGAAUGAACAUUUUAGCCUAACUACUCCAAACUUUAGAGUCCAGACGCUGAGGCGUUCCUCACCAGGACAGACAACAGACUCACACCUCCAAACACUCGUUUAUCCUGGGAUCAGCUGUCUGUGGAGCUGCACAGCCGCAAAGAGCAUCUUCUCUCUGAACGCCCAAUCAGCUGACUCCCAGGGGCCGCCCGCUUAAACCGGCCAACUCUCACUUUACCUCCACUUCACCCUCUGACUCCCCUCCUCCCCCUCCCCUUAUAUCGCCACCCCUCUCUCUACAGAAACCAAACCAGGACAGGUGAACUGACUCUUUCUAGGGUUACCUUAACAACAUACUCAGAAACACAUACAACCAUCUGUUAAAGCAAUAGACGGCGAUGAUAGACAGCAAGUUGUUCUUUUGGGGGGUUUUUUUCAGCAGUGCAGAGGGCAGCAUCGCUCGCAGGGAGAAGAAGUGCAAACAGAAAUUUGAAUGGUAGACGUAGGCUUUAAGGAGAGAAUAGAGAUCAUUUCUAUAAUGCUGUUUGUCCAUUUUUUGGGCUUUAUUCAAAAACGUUCGUGGUCAGUGUCCUGUAAAAUCAUCCUCUGGGUUAUUGUGUAAUAUCGAGAGCAUAAGU